AUGGGUGAGCGCGCGGUUAACGUUGAGAGUGACUAUGAUUAUGGCUCGCGUCGUGGAGUUUGGAGAUUGUUGAAUACUUUGGAGGAGCGCAAGUUCCCAGCCACCGUGUACGCUGUUGGUAUGGCCCUCGAGAAGAAUCCCGCAGUCGUCAAAGCGUUUAUUGACGGUGGCCACGAAAUUGCAUCGCACGGAUAUCGCUGGAUAGACUACCACACUGUUGGAGCAGAGAAAGAGAAGGCUAUGGUUCAUCAGCAAAUGAAAUGUCUCAAAACCCUCACGGGAGAGUAUCCAGUUGGUUGGUAUUAUGGCCGUCUCUCGCCAUACUCAAGAGGUCUUGUUCAUGAAGUUCACGAAGAAUUGGGAGCCCCUUUACUUUGGGAGGCAGAUACAUACGCCGACGAUUUGCCCUACUGGGUCGAUGUGCCAGCAGAGAAGGAUUCAGCAUCACCAAAGGGCAUGCUAAUGAUUCCUUAUACCUACGAUUGCAAUGAUCUCAAAUAUUGCGCUCCUCAUGGUUGGGGCUCUGUAGGAGCGUUCACUGAGUACCUUAAGAAUGCCUUCGACACAUUUGGCAAACCUGGUCGGGCGACAGCACUGAGAGAAUUCAUUGAGUACAUUGCAGGCAAGGAAGGUGUCUGGGUGGCUAGGAGGAAGGACAUCGCGGUGCAUUUUCGUAACAAGUUCCCAUACCGCAAAGGUCAACUAAUAUGA